UUGGUGGGCGUUCGAAAGCUGUACCAGCCCUCCUUGUGCUGGCGGCCGAAACCACAACUGUAUGGCAAUGAAAUCUCUAACAGUUGACGGAAAGCGGUGGUAUUACAGCAAUCACGUGACAACUGUUGAUUGGGCUAGUAUGGCGUGUGAGGACAGGGGCACAAGACUGAUGACGUUGGACGAAUUUCUACCCAUGCAGAGAGUCAUCCUCGACAACAUGCCAACCACUAAUCGUUCCAUCUGGUUGCUGAAUCCAGUGUCAACUGCUCCCCUGGCUUACAACAUAGAUACAAAUGAACAGAAGAACUAUUCGUCCACUGCUCUCAUCAUGUGCAAGUUUUUAAAGUUCUUGACAAAGUUGAUCCCUGAACCACCUCCCACUACACUCCCUACCACAGUUGCUACGACAACACCACCGACCACCACAGUUGCUAUGACAACACCACCGACCACCACAGUUGCUACGACAACGCCACCGACCACCACCAUUGCUACGACAACGCCACCGACCACCACCGUUGCUACGACAACGCCACCGACCACCACAGGUGCUACCACAGCAGCCCCGACCACCACCGUUGCUACGACAGCAGCCCCGACCACCACCGUUGCUACGACUACAGCCCCGGUCACCACAGUUGCUACAACAGCCCCGGCCACCAAAGUUGCUACGACAACAGCCCCGGCCACCACAGUUGCUAUGACAACAGCCCCGGCCACCACAGUUGCUAUGACAUCUCCGGUCACCAAUUUGAACUUUGAAUGUCGAGGCUUCAACAUCAUGAUCAGUCUUAAUCGCACUACCAUCACCGAGGCCAAUACACUCUGCACCCAACAGAGUGGAAUGAAGUUGUUGAGAUCACGCUGGCAACUCAAACUAGAAGACUGCUACAUGCCUAUACUUAACCGUGAGAACGUGGAAGAAAUUUGGAUGAGACAGAUACGUAAAAGACCGAAGGCGACUGCUUGGAUGAUGUAUAACGUUUCAAGUUCACAGCUGAACCCUACACCGGACGCAUCAGCAACUGCUGCCUUUAUUUGUGCAGGCAAGUAUUUCAUUCUGCAUGACGAGGGACUAUCCUCACUACUUUGCUAA